AUGCAGAAGCUGGAAUACUCACCCGGGGAAUUUAUCUACACGACAAACGCUUCGUCACCCACAACCCUCGAAAGCCUCCCCUUGACCCAACCGAUCGAUCCGUUCUCUUCGCUGGCAUCGGAUCAGAAGGCGUUGCUCCAUCAUUUCCUCAACGAUGCCUCGCAGAUCACGGCCUGCCAUUCGGGCAUGCAACGGGAUAUUUGCAAGAUGCUCGUCCCCAUGGCCCUCCAGACCCCGUCGUUACUCUAUGCCACCAUGGCACUGUCCGCGAUCCAUCUGCAGGCAGUACACAAUCAAUCGGAGAAUGUCAAGUCGGCGCCUGAUAUCGCUCAUCUGAUGGCGCUUAGUCUGGAACAGUUUCGCAAGGAACUUCAGAACCCGCAGACCAAGGGGUCGGAUGCCCUGCUGGCAACAGCACGAACCCUGUGUCUCGCCGAGGUUCACUCGGGGGCCAUUCACCCCAACUCAUGGAGGGCGCAUAUCGAGGGAGCCAAAGCCCUGAUGGCGACCUCAGACCGUCAGGGAGGACUAUCGCCUGGGCCGUCGGAUGGAUUCCGCAGAUACCUAAACCGAUGUGAAUCUUGCGACGAUUUUCCGCAGGAUCGGGGUGGGGGGGCCGGAUCAGUCCCCACCUUUUACCCGGGGGUAGUGGAAGGCCUGUCAGCCUCGUGCAUCCAGCAGUCGAUCCUCUGCAACGAGGCGUUCCAACACAGUGCGCUCAUCCAAAUCCAUCGUCGAUUGCGAGACACGCCGGCCUCUGCGCCCGCAGUGCAGACGUCCGUCAAGCGGAUUCUGGAAUGCACGGCUCAGAUCGGACCAUCUCCGGGACUCAGUCCAUGGGUGAUGCUCACGACGCCGUUGUUCAUUGCAGGGUGCGAAGCGCAGGACGAGGACCGGGAGACGGUGCGACGGUUGCUUUUGUCACUGCAUGAUACAAUCCGCGUGCCGAAUGUGCUGCAGUCGUUGAAAUUCCUGGAACAGUAUUGGGAGCAAGGGGCGGAGAGUUGGAAUGAGUUUCUUGGUGAGUUACCUUACCUUUACAUAUGUGUCUGGGUUGAGCUUAGCGUGUGA